AUGUUCCCUGAGACCACGAUCAACCGGGUCAGACAAGACCUAGAGCAGCAUGUCCCGGCUGCGGGCAAUUUCGAUGGAGUUCAGAGUUCCACUUCGGUUGUGACCGGGCUGCUCAGCAAGUCCCACGACUAUGCUAUCAGUAUGGUUGGGCAUGAGGUCUUCCUCAAAGUGGUGGAUUAUUUCCUCAGCGAGCAGGCUGGUCCCUUCCAAAUCGCUCCAGGUAUAGGUGCCACUGUGACCAUCAAACCGCAGCUGGACAGCACCCUGGGCGCGUUUGUGCACCCAGGGGGGCAGCCGCAAGCAUUACACCGUGACGACGUAGACCGUGCCAAUGUCCAGCCUGCCGUGGAGCAUUAUGUGUUAGGAAGAGAUACAAAUGUUACGAUGCUCAGUGCCCUGACAGAAACAACGGGCGCUAACGGGGCAACUCGAGUGAUUCCAGGUAGCCACUUGUGGGAUUACAACCGCCCCAUACCUGACUCUGGCGACAGUUCUCUUAUCGACGCGGACCUCCGCCCAGGCGACUCACUUUUUAUCUUGGGAAGUGUGAUUCAUGGAGCCGGUGGGAAUUCUACUGCUGCGUCGAGGGCCAAAGUCGCAGUCUUUGCCACUCGAGGCCGUCUUCGCCAAAUGGAAAAUCAGUUUCUUGCGUGCGACAUGGAGACCGUUGCCAAGUUUCCGCAAUGGCUGCAGAGGUUCAUGGGUUAUUCGAUUGGUCAGCCAGCAACAGGUUGGGUAGACAAGAAGGACCCUCUGCUGGUUGUGAACCCAGAGAGUAGACCUUCAGAAGACCUGUGGGAUCAGUCGUUGAAUAGUUUCCAUUGA